AAAAAAAAAAAAAAAAGAUAAAAACAAAAAAAAAACCACAUAAUUAAAAAUGGUCGUAAAAACUGAUAUUUGCUCAUUCAGUGAAUAUAAAAUAUACCCUGGAAGAGGUUAAAGAUACUUUGCUAAAGACGGAAGAGGAUUCUUUUUCUUAACCAAAAAAGCCAAAAGUCUUUCAUUCAGAAAAGUAAAAGCUUAAAAAAUUACAUGGACAGUAGCAAGAAGAAGAUUAUUUAAAAAAGUAAAAAGCACUGAUAUUUCAUUAAGAAAAAAAAAGAAAGCGGUAGUGACCUAAAGAGCAAUUGUAGGUAUUUCCUUAGAAGAACUAAACAAAAGAAAAAAUUAAGAUGCUUAAGUUAAAAAGGCUGAAGCUGAAAAAUACCUUAGAGAUUAUAAAUAGAAAAAAUAAUAGGUAAUUGACAAGAAAAGAGCUGAUAGAAAAUUAUAAGGAAAAGAUACUAAGAUUGCAAAAAAAUAAGAUGCUAAAAAAGUCAAGAACCCUAAAUAAGCUAAAAAAUAAUGAGAUUUUUAGCACUAGUUAAUUAUUUCUUUUUUAAUAUAAAAGAAGAAAUAAUUUAUAUUCUAUUUUUAUAUUGUUUUUUUUUUUUU